AUGAGAUCCAAAGUAGCUGCAGCAAAAUGUAUUGGAGAACAGGAUUGUUCUGAACAAACGGGAUUGAAAAAGGAUUCCAAACCAGUCUUCCGUUGGUAUGAUAACUACGACCUGGGAGUUUUUACACCUACUGGAUUUAGAGAAUGCCAUGGCAUGGCUAUUGAACAUAUACAACAGUUGGAUGAUGAUGAUGAUGAUGAUGAUGAUGAUGAUGAAAAUGAACCCAUUAUCCUAAGACUAUGCACUAUUCAAAUAAAAGAAUUAACUGGUAUUCAGUUUGAACACUAUGCAGGUCCAAACAACUCAACACCACCAGUAUCAGCCUGUCAAACACACCACCACCAGUAUCAGCCUGCCAAACACACCACCACCAGUAUCAGCCUGCCAAACAACACACCACCACCAGUAUCAGCCUGCCAAACAACACACCACCACCAGUAUCAGCCUGCCAAACAACACACCACCACCAGGUAUCAGCCUGCCAAACAACACACCACCACCAGUAUCAGCCUGCCAAACAACACACCACCACCAGUAUCAGCCUGCCAAACAACACACCACCACCAGGUAUCAGCCUGCCAAACAACACACCACCACCAGUAUCAGCCUGCCAAACAACACACCACCACCAGUAUCAGCCUGCCAAACAACACACCACCACCAGUAUCAGCCUGCCAAACAACUCACCACCACCAGUAUCAGCCUGCCAAACAACACACCACCACCAGUAUCAGCCUGCCAAACAACACACCACCACCAGUAUCAGCCUGCCAAACAACACACCACCACCAGUAUCAGCCUGCCAAACAACUCACCACCACCAGUAUCAGCCUGCCAAACAACACACCACCACCAGUAUCAGCCUGCCAAACAACACACCACCACCAGUAUCAGCCUGCCAAACAACUCACCACCACCAGUAUCAGCCUGCCAAACAACACACCACCACCAGUAUCAGCCUGCCAAACAACACACCACCACCAGUAUCAGCCUGCCAAACAACUCACCACCACCAGUAUCAGCCUGCCAAACAACACACCACCACCAGUAUCAGCCUGCCAAACAACACACCACCACCAGUAUCAGCCUGCCAAACAACUCACCACCACCAGUAUCAGCCUGCCAAACAACACACCACCACCAGUAUCAGCCUGCCAAACAACACACCACCACCAGUAUCAGCCUGCCAAACAACACACCACCACCAGUAUCAGCCUGCCAAACAACACACCACCACCAGUAUCAGCCUGCCAAACAACACACCACCACCAGUAUCAGCCUGCCAAACAACUUCCACAGACUUUGUUACUCAGGCAUUAG